UAUUCACUGCUCCCUGCAUCAGUGCCAUUCUUGGUCUUGGAAAGUGGAGCCAUUUUUUCCACAAAAGAAUUUGAUUAUGAGAAAGAUCCACAUUGCUACUUUUUAAAUAUAACAGUGACAGAUCCAGAUGGACUCAACUCAACUAAAACAGUAAAUAUAAAUAUAAUUAACAUCAAUGAUGAAAGACCUUACUUUACCAUAAAACAAAGAAUCUACAGGAUUCCGGAGGAGCAAAGCCCGGGCACCAUUGUUGCCAAUAUAACAGCUAAAGAUCCUGAUGAUGAAGACUCUCCCAGCAGACUUUUCUACAGCAUCCAGUCUUCUGACAGAUAUUUCUCCAUAAAUCCAUUGACUGGAGUGCUGCAGGUGACUGGGAGAAUCGACCGAGAUGCCCUUCCGCUGCGGCUCCAUCCUAACAUUUCAGUGAUAGUCCAGGUGGAGGACAGUCCCAGUGGCGGUCAUGCGAGCGAAAUGGAGAUCACAAUCAUUAUUGACGAUAUCAAUGACAACCCACCAGAAUGCAAUCCUUCUACCUUCAGGAAAGAGGCAAAUGAAAAUAUGACUGCUGGGACAUUUCUUCUUGAUCUUAGAAAUUACUGCAAAGAUAUUGAUGUUGAUCCAUCAAACAAUCGAUUUAAUUUCACUGGAUUAUCUGGUUUUGGAAGCAAUAACUUCGCUCUGGAGUCCACUGUGCCUGGCAGACUUGUGAUGACUGAAAGUAUUGAUUUAGAAAACCCAGCUAAUCUAGGAGUUGAAGUUUAUUCUUUGACUGUCAGGGUGCAAGAUAUUGCCUAUCCUAACUACUCAAAUAUCAUCUACAUUUACAUCAGGAUAAAGCCAGUGAAUGAAUUUUUUCCAGUCUUCAGUAAUUUAUCAUAUGAAUUUAAUGUUCCAGAAAUUACUAAAGGUACAGAGGAUCCUGCCAAGGUCCACAGGUCUGCAAAAAUCACUCCUGCCUGCCCUGUGGAGAAGCUGUCAUCGGCCACUGCUGAGUAUGGCGAAGCUGCAGCUGUGAAUGCCAGAGACAAGGACUGGCCGCCCAGUGUCAUCACUUAUUCCAUUGCAGCUGGAGGAGGCACCAGGGAUUACACAAAUAUCUUCUGGAUCAGCCCAACCAAAGGACAUGUGAAGAUUUUAGCUAGAUUAGACUAUGAAACAACUCAGAAACACAUUCUCACAGUACAGGCCUCAGACCAAGAGAAGACUGCAACAGCAUCUGUAACUGUCAAUGUUUUGGAAGUAAAUGAUGAAGAACCAGUUUGUUCACCCAAUUUCUAUUCAUUUCAAAUCCCAGUCAGCUUAGCUGUUGGGACCAAUAUUAAUGGCUUCAGGAUUGAAUGUCAAGAUCGUGAUUCUGAUCCCAGGUCUUUCCGUUACUUCAUUAAUGAAGGCAAUGUGAACAAUCAUUUCACCUUUUCACCACAUGCCGGCUCCAACACAUCUCGGCUGAUUCUUGCAUCAAGGUUUGACUAUGAGAGCGGGCUUGAUACAAACUGGAUUUACAGACUGCGCGUCUAUAUAACAGAUGACAAUUUACUAUCUGCCAGGGACAAAGCUGCACACCUAAUUAAAACUGGAACAGUGACUUUAAGCAUCAGAGUUAUCCCAAACCCAACUACCGUCAUUGCCACAACGCCUGGCUUCACUGUUGUGACAAAAAGGGAAAACCUCUACUCUGAAUCGGCGUGGUACGUGCCGUUCGUCAUCACCCUCGGCAGUUUGCUGCUCCUUGGACUGCUGGGGUACCUGGGGUUCCUGCUGGCGACGUGGGUCCGCACCCGCUGCCCUCCGGCAGGCAAAGCAGACGGCACGCCUCUGUGA